UUAUAAACUUGUCAAAAUAAUGUAAAUAAAAAUACAACUCAAUUUGAAAUACAUUUUCUCCAUUUAAUAAUGUCAUACAAAAAUAAAUAUCUCAUUUUUGACAAUAUACCUACGGAUACUCUGCAUCUCUCCCGGAUUUUUCCUAAAAAAAAGGUGACGGUCACAUUUGCAGUCUUCAUCCCCUCAAAAAAUAUCUAAGCCUAAUAACCUGGAUACGAGAUAUUAUACAUAAACAUACAUACAAGUACAUACACAUACGUAUAUUUGUAUCAAAAGCAAACCGCACUUACAACAGGUGGAGUGUUUUUCUCACAUACGGAAAAAAGGACAUAAAUCACCCACAACAAAAUAGCUCGUUUUAUUCUCUUAAUUUUCCUCUCACACACCUUCGAUUCUCAUUCAAAUUCUCUCUCCCUAUAAAUGGCUAACAAGAAAAAGCUGCCCUGCGCUUUGAAAUCGAGUGAUUUUCAUUUGAUUUUGCCACUUUUUCCAACCACUGUGCUCUUCAAGGAAAAUCCCAAACAUAAAAAUUUCAUUUUCCUCAAUGAAAUUCCGAGCAAUAUUUUCAGAGUUCAGUUAACGGUUUUCUCUCGGCGAGAUUUGUUCGUCUCUGUUGGAUCGAGAAAUACAAAAGAAAAUUCAAAAUAUUUUCCAAGUGUUUUGUGAAUGAAUUUCUAACGAAAUUUCCUGCAAACUAUUCUUAGUACAGGAAGUUUAAAAUAUCAAAAAAAUAAAAUACUAAUCGAAAAGGAUAAGGAAAAUAAAGGUCCUUUAGUUUCAAUUCUUCCACCACAGAAACGUGUAUUCUACCCCGAAAAUUUAUAUCUAUCUAGAAAUCAUCCUGGAUGUUAACAGGAGUUUUGAGAAAAGCGAGAAAAAAGAAAAUUAAAUACUUCCUCCCUGUUGCUUCUUUUAUUUUGUUUUUUUUUUGUUCGUGUGUAAUUUUUGUCGGUUUUGUUUGUACAUAUUUCCGUUCCUGUAGAGAAGUCCUUGUUGCUGCCGCUCGAUGUCGUCGUCGUUGCCGCCCGGGUGCUCCGCGGUACCCAAUUUUCGUUCUACAAACAACCAACCCAUGUUAAAGGUUAAAAUCGUAAAGGUGGAUAUUUAAGAGUAAAGUGUUUUGGUAAAUUGUCCUUCGGAAAUCGUCAUCGUCCUGGCCAAAAAGUCUUUGUCUGUUUUCGCUUCCAUUGUCGUUGUUGUUUUUAUAUCCCUAACGUCUGUAUUUCCGAAUGAUAAAGUGAACACCUGUAUUUCUUGUGAUUGGCUGUGUUGAAACAGCAGCUCUUUGGUUUUAUUUUAUUAUUUUUUAAAUCGUAAAAAAAGAAAUAAAAAUAAAAGAAAAAUAAGAAGAAGAAAAAGAGGAAAAGUAUACUUUCCACCCCAUUUCCGGUGGUGCUAAGGCUACGACUAUGGUUAUGGCUAUGGCAAUGGCUAAAUAAAUAUUAAAGAGGAUACGAGAAAGUUCAAGUAUCUUUUCGCAAUGGCUUAUGGCUUAUGAAUGAGAGUGUAUCUAUAUGAAGGUAGAUAUAAAUACGCUACAAUCUGUGUUGUACAUCGCAUCCUUGAACAGAUGUUUAUUAAUAUUUAUCCAGUGUGUCAGUGCAAAAGACAUCGUACUCGUAUACAAACAUACAACAAGACAAAAAAAGUAUUGUUUUCGAAAAAGUUCGCCCCAUAAACCUAACGAAUUCGAAAAAAUAAAUAUUAAGAUUGGAUAAGAAAAAAAAUAAUAUACAAAAUAUUAAACUAAAUUACUUUUCAACAAAAAAAAAAUUAAAAAAUCUACCAACGAAAAAAUUCUCCAAACAACAAAAAUUGAAAAUACGAAAUAAAAAUAUACAACAACAACAAAGUAAAAAAAACACCACCACAAAUACCAAGUUAAGGUUACCUUCCCCUAAAAAAAUAUUCAAGAUCCCUGUGAAAAUAAAGUUUCCAUUUCACUCCCGGUUCUCGAACACCAGGCUUAUAAUCAGCAGCAUCAUCAUCAUUUUCAUCACCAACAUCAUCCUCUGAGUUGAAUAUUUCAUUAUACCGCGAUUUAUAUGUACUGCGUCUUUAUGUCAGAGGAGCUGUUUGUUGAGGCUACCUGCUAAAAAUACUAAUUUUUCAUUUAUUUGGUCCCGGUCCAGGACUCAGGACCACAGCCAGGACUUCAAAAAAAAAAAGAACAAUAUUUAAAGAGGAUACAACAUCAGAAAGAAGGUGUGAAGGUGGUAGUGUGGUUUCGUUGCUAAUUUGUAAUAACGGUAUAGGCGGCAAAAACAAAAAAAUAGAUGCCUUUCCUAGGAUGCCAAAUGGAAAAACCUUGCUAAAGAAGCAACAGCAAGGAUUCUCGUCUAAAUAUUCAUUUUUCUAUUCAAAUUUCAAUUUGAAAAACUGGAUUACAACAAAUAAAAAACACCUUAAAACUUAUUUCAUUGGAUUCAUCUCCGGUUCCUGUUGUAAGCAGCGAAAACGUGAAAAAUGGAUUGGAAAACAAGAUGGAGACGAUGGGGUUGCAUGUAGCCUUCACCACCUUCGUUUGAGGGUGGGGAGGGCAUCCAUCAAAGAAGUAGAAAAAAUAAACAACUUAUACUACUACUACCUGCCACUGUCUACGUCAUCGUCGGUCGUCGCUGCCGCAGUCACUCGAAUAACAUCAAAAACGAGUUUCAAAAAAGUUUUUUUAAAAAUUUAAAACAGAACAAGAAAAAGAAAUUGAGAACAAAAAAGUCAACGUCCAGUAUAGCAGAGCAGCGCAGUAACAAAUGGUGGUAGACUAGCCACCACAUUUUAGCUGGAAGAAUGCACCGUUUGCGUACCACCUUUACAAGGUCACGUACACCAACUGGGGCCGAAAUGAAAACUCAAAAUAGUCUCGAAGUACCCAAACAGGUACGUUCGGCAUCAUUCGAUGAGAUGCAACUCGAAGCGCAACGCACAACGUCGCAUCUGCUGAAGCAGCAAUCAUCCUCGUCGGCCGAUGAACGUUCUUCGGAUACGGGUCUCCUUCAAGUGCCUCAGCCACAGUCGCAGCGUUCGAGAAGUUUCGAUUCGGCUGGCAGCGAUGAUUCGGGUACAUUCCUCGAUGUUCCGCGUCGUAUGCGAGCCCGAAGGUCUUCGAAUACCAAAACCCCGCCCCCCUGCUACCAUUGUCUGUACCUCGAGGAAUAUGAGAAGCAGGUUAGUGCCGAGCAACGCUUCUUCAUCGAUCACAGGGAGUUGAAAUCAUUGAGCUACAGUACGAGUUGCAGUGAGGAUGAAGCCGAAGAGGAUGGCAAUCAACAUCAGAGGACGCCCUCGGUGACGACGAGCGAAGACGAAGGCAUGGACGAUGGCAGUCCUCAGUUUGGUAAUACCCUUGUGCCGCCCCCACCAACCACCCCGUGCAACAUUACAUUUACUCUGUCGCCCACAAAUGGCGACUUUGCGCCCCAUGAAUUCCCCUUCGAACAUGGAUCGCCACCUGUUUCGCUUAUGUCUUCAAUGUGCCUGUCUGCCACACCACCGCAAUCGCCCUCGAUUGAGUUCAUGCCCCAUUCACCUUCAAUAGAACUCCUGCCUCCGCCACCGGAACCAUGUAUUUCAGUGGUGCCAGACGACGACGAAUGCAUGUCAGUGCCUCCGGUUCAGCUGCGAACACGUCGUCGUUCGAUAUCCCGCCAGGAGGCAAUAUUCGUUGAGCCCACAGGUAAUUCCCUAGAAAAUGUCUCCCAGGAAGAGGCACAGCAGCAACAGCAAACUGAACCUCAAACAGUCACCUCAGCGUCAGCAUCAUCAUCAGGCGGAGGAGCACCCACGCUCGUCGUUCGUGAUAUUUAUUUGGCCGUGCCCGACCUAAAGCGGGACCGUGCCGCAUCGGUGGACUCGUGCUUCUCUAAGGUUUCGUCGACUGGCAAAACCGAAGAAUUACAACCGAGCGAGGAUGGAUGUUUCCUCACCGUACCCAAUAUAAAUGCAACGAGGUCGCGUUCUGUUGACAUUGUCCUGCCGACAGAUGAACAGGCUCGUUACAAGGCUCUGGCGUUGACUGGCUCAUCCGGGAUCUACGCUGAUGGAAAAGCUGCAGUAAAACGAACGAUACGGAUUAUUCCAGAUUGGACGGAAAAUGCUAUUCAAGGUGAUCAUUAUUGGAAACCAACAUCGGUUUCUGGCGAUUUGUGCUGUGUGGAUAACGAGUGUCGGAAAAAUGGUCCUCGUAUGAAAUGCUCAGCAUGUCAACUAAUCGCUCAUCAAAAUUGCAUUCCCAUCGUCAAUGAAAAGACUCAAUUAGCAUGUAAGCCAACAUUUCGUGACGUAGGUGUAAGACAAUAUAGAGAGCAAACGACAACCCAUCAUCAUUGGGUGCAUCGACGCGCCGAAAAAGGAAAAUGCAAACAAUGUGGAAAGGCUGUGCAAGGAAAAUUGUUUGGUUCUAAGGAGAUUGUUGCAUUAUCCUGUGCCUGGUGUAAAGAUGUCUAUCAUAACAAGGAAGCAUGUUUUAAUGCAGGACGCAUUGGUGAAGAGUGUUCAUUAGGAAACUACUCUCCGAUUAUUGUACCACCAUCGUGGAUCGUUAAGCUACCGAAUAAAGGAAAUUUCAAGUCAUCUCUAAGGAAUAAUAAACGCAAGCCAUCGAAUAAGAAGAAACCAAAAGAAAAAGAAGCCAGGGCUUUUAUUGUGAAACCAAUUCCAUCGCCUGAGGCAAUACCUGUGAUAGUAUUUAUAAAUCCGAAAAGUGGUGGCAACCAGGGAGUGAAAUUGUUGGGGAAAUUUCAAUGGAUUCUUAACCCACGGCAAGUUUUUGAUUUGACGCAAGGUGGUCCGAAAAUGGGUUUAGAAAUGUUUCGAAAAGCUCCACAACUUCGAGUACUCGCUUGUGGCGGUGAUGGUACAGUAGGAUGGGUACUUUCAGUUUUGGACCAAAUUAAUAUACAACCGCCUCCAGCUGUGGGUGUCUUGCCACUUGGAACUGGCAAUGAUUUAGCUCGUGCUCUUGGAUGGGGAGGCGGUUACACUGAUGAACCUAUUGGUAAAAUUCUUUUUGAAAUCGGUAUGUCCAAUACAAUUCUUUUGGAUCGAUGGAGAGUGAAUGUUACUCCCAAUCCGGAUGCCGAACCAACCGAAAAGGGCAAAGACAACUUACCCCUAAAUGUUAUAAAUAAUUAUUUUUCCUUUGGAGUUGAUGCUCAUAUUGCCUUAGAGUUUCACGAAGCACGUGAAGCUCAUCCGGAGCGAUUUAACUCGCGUCUCCGCAACAAAAUGUACUACGGCCAAAUGGGUGGCAAAGAUUUAAUAUUGCGGAAAUAUAGAAAUCUUGCAGAUUGGGUUACACUUGAAGCCGAUGGCGUUGAUUAUACACCAAAACUUAAAGAAGCACGUGUCCAUGCAAUACUCGUCCUUAAUAUCCCAAGCUAUGGAGGUGGCACUCAUCCGUGGAAUGAUUCUUUUACCAAGUGUGUCCCGGCAACAGACGAUGGAAUGUUUGAAAUUGUUGGACUUACAACCUACCAGCUGCCAAUGCUUCAGGCCGGGGCCCAUGGAACUUGCAUAGUGCAAUGCAAGAGUGCGAAAAUUGUCACCACCAAGACAAUUCCAAUGCAAGUUGAUGGUGAGGCAUGUCGUGUUAAGCCGUCGAUAAUCGAAAUCGAUCUGCUCAACAAGGCGGUUAUGCUGGCCAAGCGAAAACACGGACGAGUGAAUGUGGCAACCGCUGGUCUUGAUCCAUUGCAUCUGAAUAUCCUUCGCAUUACAAUGCCAAACUAUGAGCAAUAUCAUUAUGACAAGGACAUGCUUAAAAACACAGCUGUCAAUUUGGGCAAUGUGGAAAUCGAUCCUGUUUCUGAUUUGGAACAAGUACGAAAUACGAUUAAUAAGUUUUUUGAAGAAUCCACAAGCUAUCCAAAGAUGUCACAGGAAUGGUGUUUUGUGGAUUCUUGUACAGCAGAACGUUUCUUUCGUAUUGAUCGUGCCCAAGAGCACUUACAUUAUAUAACUGAUAUUGCAACAGAUGAGGUUUAUGUUUUGGAUCAAGAAUGUCCGACAUUACCUCAGACACCAGAUCAAGAACGGGCAUUUGCAGCUUUCCAACAACGACAAGAAGAAAAUGAACGUCGUAAUAUUGAUCAGACUGGACGAUCGUCCAAUACGGUGAGGACUAAAAUUAAAAAAGCUGAAUUUAAAUUCAAAAGCAACAGACAAAGAUUGUUCAGCUUAACAGAAGAUUGUCUUAACUUCAGCUCUGUACUGGAAAAAACUUCCGAUGCCAUAUUAUUAGCAGCCCAACGUGGCGAUAUAAAUUUGUUACGUGCAUUACAUGAACAAGGAUUCUCAUUAAAAUCAGAAGACACGACAGGACAAACUGCUUUACAUAUUGCAUGCAAAUUAAAUCACAAAGACAUUGUUAAAUAUAUGAUAUCGUGUGCACCACAUAAUAUUAUAAAUAAAACGGAUUCAAUUAAGGGAAGCACCGCUCUCCAUGUGGCCGCUGAAAAUAAACGCCGCGACAUUUCUGUGAUGUUAGUGGCUGCUGGUGCAAACCUUUCAUUACGCGACGAUCACGGUUGCACACCAAUGAUGGUUGCAUUCAAUAACAACGCACGCGACAUUGCCACUUAUCUUGAAAGUAAGACUUCCCGAUAAUAUAAAAUGUAUUCGCACACAGUCAUCCUAAAAUUUAAAACAACAUCACAGCAAAAACAACAAAAAAUCCCGCUUCAAACAAAAUAAAAACCAUCAUGUAGUAUUGCUAAACAAAACAAAAACAUUAAUCUUAAAAUUUGUAGAAAUUCGUUUAAAAUGUAAAGCCUUGAAAAAUGUACUCCUUUAGUUUAAAAAAUUCCAAACAAUCGAAUAUCACUUUCUCCUCAUACACUCAACAUCAUUUACAUUUUUCAUUAAUCAUCACAAUCAUAAAUUAUGUAUAAAUAUUAUAUUUCAUUUUUAAAUUUAUGUUUAUGUUAUUUAUUUUGUGAUUUUGUUCUUUUUUCUUCUUUUUUUUGCAAAUGCAUAACCUUUGGAAAAUGAAAAUGUCUUAUCAUAUAAAAAUAAAAUUCAAAAAAAUAAACAUUCCAACAAUAAUUAAUAAAAUUAAUCAAUUGUAUAACUAAGGUCAAGAAAGAUUUAUACAUAUGGACAUACAAGAAAAUGUCUAAUUAGUUGUGUCUACUUUUUUUAAAAAAAUUAAAUUUAUUUCUAGUUUUUGUUCUAUUUGUAUUCUAAUUUAAUUUAAAUAAGCAAUUUUUAGGAUUAAAGUAUACAUUUAUUAUUAAUUAUUAUACUGUAUUUAUUCAAGCAAGAAAAAAACAAACAAUAUAAGAUUAAAAUAAGUAUAAAUCAAAAUAAAACAUACAUUAUAAUAUAAACAUUAAGAUACUAAAUUUAUAAUUAAUAAAAAAUAAAAAAGAAUAUUUCUUAAUUUAAAUUUAAAAUAAACAAAAAUCAUUUCCUUAAAUACAAUUUUUAACUUUAAACUUUAGGUAAAACUUAUGAUAAAAAAAAAUUGUUUUCUAAAAACUACUACAAAUCUUUUUAAAAUAAAACAAAAACUAAAAAAAAGAAAACAUUGUGAUACUCAAUAUAUGCAACUUAAAACUGAAAUUAAGACAAAAUUAUUUUUUAAAAAUAAUUGUGAAACUUACAACAGUUAAAAUUGGAAUUAAAAAAUUAAACUAAAAAGAAAGAAAUCUCAACAUUAAACUUCCCACAUUGGCCACUAAGAAGCUGAAUUAAAAGAAAUUUAAUUUUCUUAUAAUCCUAGAACUUUAAUUAAGCUUUUUUAUUUCUUUAUGCAUGUUUAAUAAUAUAAAGACAGUUUAUUUUUUAUUUUAAAGAUUUAAAUGUUGAAUUAAUUGGAAUAUGUAAAACAUCGGGUUGGGAAAUAAACUUCAAUGAAAAGUUAUGUUGAUUUGUUUAUAAGAUAAAGAAUUGUAACUAUUUGAAUGUAUUUGUUGACUUAGCUUUCAAAAGCUUUACUUUUGAUUUUAUCGAUUUGAUUAAAUUCAUUUAAAUUUAAGGAUAGAUUUGACAAGAAGUAACCUUUCUAUAAAAAUUCAUUUGUAGUUCAAAAUCAAAAACUAUAAGUUAAUUUCAGAUGUUUAACAUUUAUCAAUAUCUUGAAAUAUUUUGUUUGCUUUCAAUUCUUUAGUUUAAAUAUUCAGUUUGUAUAUUUUUCUUUUUUAAAAGCAACACUUUUAAAGUUUAUUUUGACUGGUUUUUGUUAAUAUGUAAACGCUUAUAAAAAAAUGAACAUAUCAUUUUUUAGACCAUAAAAAACCUAGAAGGUUAGACGAUAUUCGUACGUUUUGAAAAACUGAUUAAAUUUUUUAAGAAUUUGAUAAAGUUUUGAAUCCCAUUGAUUGUUUGCUAAGAUUAAAAAUUUAUUCUGAAUAGUAAAAUACUCUUUUUUAAGAAAAUAAAAUCCUAACAGCAAUUUCAAAACUUAGAAGUAAUGUUUCGCAAUCUUUUGCAUGAAAUUAUGAACUGUAUUUGAAUCUCAUUUUAUUAACCCCUUACUGCAUGAUUUUUUUUUCUUCAUGAAAAAAAUAUAUGUGAUAGUUAAUUAUAAUUUAAAAAAACACGUGUUUCAGGAAUUUAGAUUUUUUUGAGAAAAAAGUGGAGAAUUUUGCGAUUUCCGGUUUGGAUCAUAUAUGGCACAUUGGGCAGAAAUGAAGCAAACAAUUUUUCAAUUAAUUAAAUCAACUAUUUAUUCAAAAAAUUAUGUAGUAUGGAAUAUCGUGAAACAGUUUCUUUUCUCAUUCAAACAAAGAUUUACUUUGCAUUUUCGGCACUCCACAUAAGAUCUUCCAGGGCAGUCUGGAACCUUACACCGCUGUCUUUUGGUCCAAACAGGAAGGUGAUCUAAUUGAUCUAAUCGAACGUCCUGCGAUGGCAUUAUGGCAACAGGUCCCUUCAAUUUCUUCAAUUGUAGAUUAUUCUCCAUGACAUAAGAGGGUCGUCCACUUUUGUUUGUUGUACUUGGUUUGCUGGCAUGGCAUAAAUCUUCGGCUACCGCGCACUUGAAAUCUGCUAGUGGCAGCCACGCCUCAGAACCAUCAAGCGUUCUCCUGUACAAUAACCACGCAUUCACGGCUGUCAUGUCAAUCAUGUGGAAGAAUAUUCUGUGGUAAAAUUUGUUUCAUCUAAUUUGUAAUCCAUAAUAUCCAAGAAGAUCAUCCAACAGAUCAACUCCAGCCAUAUGCCGAUUAUAUGCCAUGACAGCCUUUGGACAUGAUACAGUUUGGUAGCUCUUUUCUUUUUUGUUGAAGCGUUGGACUUCAGAAGACGGUUUGCUGAUGACAUAUGUCGAAGCAAGGUUCACAAUUCUGUUGUCAAACCAUGUUAUCACAGAAAUAUCCAGGUUAUCAAUUGUCACCAGUUUUUCCACAGUUGCACCUCUUCAUUUUUUUUGUCAAUUCCUUUGCGGUAGGAACUUUAUAUCCCGGAAUACGAUUUUCCUUUAUUGUUCCUAGCGGUAAAAUCGCUUUCUUUGCCAGAUAAGUCAACAGCGGUAAGGACGUGUACCAGUUGUCAAAGAAUAAUUUGUAGUUGAAUCCGUCGAACAACAACGUUACUGGAUGUACUAAUCUUUGGCAAAUCGGUUACCAACUGUACAUGUCCUUGGGCUCCAGUAUAAAGUUCAAAGUCGUAGCUGAAUCCAGAGCUACCACUGAGAACAAAAUUUGUAUAUCCCCAUUUGUGUGGUUUUUUUGGGUUGUAUUGCCGCAUAGAUGAUCUGCUUUUGGUUGGUAUGAUUUGUUCAUCUACUGCCAUAUACUCUUCUCUAGGGACAAUAAGGGUCUCAGCCUUGUUUGGUCCAAGAAUGGUCUUAUUUUGUGAAGGGGAUCAUGUCCUGGUUGUCCUUUGGGUACUUGCGUCGAGUUGGUGUUGAAAUGUAUGAAUCUUUUUAUUUCUUCGAAGCGGUUACAUGCCAUUACAGAGUUAAUUUUUGGGUAAUUUUGGGUAACUUAGGCUUUCAUUCUAAUAAAACCUAGUUGAUGGUAACUGUACGAUGGACAUGUACAGGCAUAUUCCAACAAACUGUUCAAGUUCCAUUGCUGUAAUAUGAGCAAUCUUUUCGGGACGUUUUUCACAGGAGUAUCGAAUAGUUUCUUGCUCUAUAUAUUUGAACAUUUCGUCUGUAAACAAGUACUUGUAGAAUUGUACUGGCGUAUCCAAGCUCCUUAUUUCCUCAGGUAAUGUCGUAUCACCUGUGAAUGCGGUUUCAUGAUCACCUUUUUCCAAAAGCCAUCCCGCCAUCGGGGUUUUUCAGCUCUCGCACUUCUACUUGAGGGAGGUAUCAUCUGGGAUAGAGAAAAAAUCCUCUAAUUCCCAAUCGGAUUCAUCAGACUCUGGAAUAUAUAGAGGCGAAAGAUUUUUUUUCACCUCGUGCUCAUCAUCCGAUAGAUCUUCGUCACUGCUGUUGUCGGGAAAAUUUUGGAUAGUAGUAUGGAUACCUCCGUAAAACCGAUGUGGGUCCAUAUCUGAAUUCUGUAAUGUUCGUAUAUAAACGAAAACAAAAUAUGAACAUUUUUUAACUCUACCUUACUUCCACUUAAAAAACUGCAAUUUUAUUAAAAAAAAAUAAAAAAAAUACACUUUUAUAGUAUAUUCAACUUUUGUGCUCUUAUUGCAUGUUGGUUCAAAUGAACGUAUAUUUCUGCAUGGUGUGCCAUAUUUGAUCCAAACCGUUUUUUCAACUUAUAAGUACUUGUUUCAUAAAAUCGAAAAAAUUCACAUUGUCAAUAGUAUUUAUAUUAUUUGCUUUACUGGUACAUUUUUUUCAAUCACUACAUUUUAUUUUUAUAUUUUUUAUACAAUUUUGAAUUUCUCAAACACGCAUUUCUCCUACUGCACCCUUUGUGACGAGUUUGAUGGAAAAAUUAGUUGCCGAAACUCGUUCACAGAUGUCGUUUAUCGAUAAAAUUUAGAGCGUUUAUGUUACUAAUUUUACACUGUAUGUACAAAACAACAGAAUUAGUUAAAAACUGGAAAAAAUCGACAAAAAUACGGUUUGGCUCAUAUAUGAGCAUGCAGUAAAGGGUUAAAUACAUUUUUCUGUUUCUGUAAGUUUUUUCUUUAAGCCAACGAAGAUUAACUAAAAAUCUAUUCAAAUUCUUCGUUAACUGACAAUUUUUUAAAUAAAAUAUUUGACUUUUAUUUAGCUGUUUACUUAUUUCUUUCUUAACAAUUUACUACAAAGUGUCUAUUGUUUAAUCUGAUACAGGUUUUUGUAAAAUCUUUUGUAACCUAUUUUUCAAAGAUUUGAGAGUUCAGGAAACAUUUAUCUUGUUUCCAAAAAUUCUGAAGUACUCCUCCAAAAUGGUGUGCUUAAGUAUCCAUCUCAUACUAGGUUUUUUUUUUUAAUUCAAGCAUUCCCCCUUAUUAAAAUAUACUUUUGUAUUCCUAAGUUACGUUAUUUGAACUUUAUUGAUUUUAAGUUUCAAGUUUUAUCAAUUGCGUUGUUUUAACAACUGCGAUGUACAGCUGCGGUCAAAAUAAUAGCAGUAAGAAGGGAAUACUGAAAAAAUUGAACCUAAUAAAUACCUAAUGAUUUUUAAUCGUUAUAAAUAUUUAUAUUUAUUAAGCCACAUUAAUUUCAAUCCAGAUUAUGACAAGAAAAGUUUGGAUUUUAUCAAAUAAAUAAAAAUAAAAAAAAAUUUACCUUCAAGGUAAAGAUUUGCUCCGGUCAAAAAAUAGCAGUAUUCACAAAAAUUAAGGAAAUUAACAAAAUGUUGAUAAAAAUUUCAAGAAAAUUUAUUAAUAUUUGGUUGUUGACCCCUUAUUGCUUAUAACAGCCUCACAUCGUCGCUUCAUAGAAUCAACCAAAGCCUGACAUCUCUCCAA